GGUGCGCUGUGUCCCUCGAACACAGCGGAUCACCGAUCAACGGAAAGAGCCUAAGAUGUCGGAUCAGUCAUGUGAUCAGCUGUGUCCAAUCACAGCUGAUCACAUCAGUGCCACCUGUCAGUGUCCAUCAGUGCCAGCUGUCAGUGCUCAUCCAUGCCACCUGUCAGUGCCCAUCAGUGCCACAUCAAUGCCACAUUUCAGUGCCUACCAGUGCACAUCAAUGCCACAUAUCAGUGCCCAUCUGAGCUGCCUUUCAGUGUCACCCGUCAGUGCCACCUAUCAAUGCCAGUCAGUGCCACCUAUCAGUGCUGCCAAUCAGUGCCACCUAUCAGUGCCAGUCAGUGCCGUCUAUCAGUGCCGCCUAUCAGUGUGCAUCAGUGCCGUCUAUCAGUGCCCGUCAGUGCUGCCCAUCAGUGCCAGUCAGUGCCACACUAUCAGUGCCGCC